AUGAAGUGCACUUUCUUGGUUUUGUCUCGAAACACAAGUCCUGUAAGACCAAUUGUGGCUCUGAUACCACUUGUUGGAGAAAUUACAGGUAUGAAGCUGCAGUAUGCGAAAUUCGUCAAGCCUGCUGCUUUUGAUAAUUUUAUUCUUCCAUCAAAGAAGUUUGCUGAUGUUAUCAUACCACGGGGUGGUGAGAAUCACGUUGCAAUUGAUUUGAUUGUGCAACAUAUCCGCACAAAGCUUGGCCAGCAUGAUCUCUGCAAAAUAUAUCCUAAUGUGAAUGUUAUGCACUCUACAUUCCAGAUAAGGGGUAUGCAUACUCUGAUUCGUGACAAAGAAAUAUCGAAACAUGAUUUUGUUUUUUAUUCAGACCGGCUGAUACGCCUGGUUGUGAAGCAUGGCCUUGGCUACUUGCCAUUCCUCGAGAAGCAAGAAGUCACUCCAACAGGAUAUAAGGAAAAAUGAUCAGUAUAUACUGGAGUUGAAUUUUGCAAGAAACUGUGUGGAGUAUCCAUUAUCCGAAGUGGCGAAAGCAUGGAAAAUGCGUUGCGGGCAUGUUGCAAAGGAAUAAAAAUAGGAAGAGUCUUCAUUCACCGUGACGGUGAUAAUGGGAAACAGCUUAUAUAUGAGAAGCUUCCCAACGAUAUUUCAGAACGGCAUGUCCUCCUCCUCGACCCAGUUUUUGCUACUGGCAACUCCGCAAACCAGGCAAUCGAACUUCUUAUAAAGAAGGGGGUUCCGGAAUCCUCCAUAAUAUUCCUUAAUCUUAUCUCUGCUCCAGAGGGAAUACAGUGCGUAUGCAAUAGGUUCCCAUCUCUGAAAAUUGUGACGUCGGAGAUUGAUGCUAAAUUAAAUGAGGAGUUUCGAGUCAUACCAGGGUUGGGGGAGUUUGGUGACAGCUACUUUGGCACUGAUGAUUACUUUGUGCCAAUUGAAUAAGGAAUGUAAGUGCGGUGAAGUUAGAAACUCACGGUCGAUCCGCCCCAUUUGGCCU